CAAAUUGCAACCUGCAGCUGAAGAGAAGCUGUUUUUUUUAAAGCACAGGAGUCAUCAGUCUUGUUGUCAGCAACAUGUCAUACCUGUCUCCUGUUCUUGAGAUUGGUGGGAAAGGAGGAAGUGAUUUUGAGAUUAUCGGUGAUGGAAAUGGAGCUGCACUGCACAGGAUAAGGUUGUGGAUCGCUGACUUUCAGAUUAAAGCUAUUAGAGUCUGGCUCACCGAUUAUCGCACAAUGCAGUUUGGAAAUCCUGAUGGAAAAUGUACAAAUGAUUUUAUCUUCGAAGAUGGAGAGCAUUUUUCUUCUCUCUUGCUUUGGAAGAAUAAAGCUGGAACACAUCUAGGUGCCAUCAAAUUCAAGACCAAUCUCUCGCGGGAGUUCUUUGCACACAUUAAAGGAUGGGAGGAGACAGAAGAAUAUCCGGUGAAUACUGGUUCUGGGAUCUGUGUAGGGAUCUCAGGGAGAGCAGGGGCGGAUAUUAACAGCUUGGGUUUUCUGUUCUUCAACUCAAUCAAGUCUACAGUGCUGAAGGAUGUGAAAUAUGAUUCUCUCAGUGAGGUUAAGCCCAGCGUCUCUGCUGCAACAGUGAAGUCUGUGACUUACACAAACUAUUCUACUGUUACUGAAGAACACAAAAUAGAAACUUCAGAAACUCUCUCCAGAAAAUCCUCCUGGUCGAUGAAAAACAAGAUGCAGUUCAACUUCAUGAUGGAUGUGGAGGCGGAAGUUCCAGAAGUUGUGGAAGAGUCAGCUGGAUACAGUUUCAUCUUGGGAAAUAAAAGCUCACAUGGUCUGGAGUUCACAGAUGAGAAACCUGAGCACCUGUCCUUCCCUGUUCAGGUUCCUCCAGGAAACACCAUGAAUGUAGAAAUCACAAUCGACCAAGUCGCCAUUGAUGUUCCCUACACCGGCACCGUCCAAAUGACCUGUGAGAAUGGAAGCGUUCUGGAGUUUCAAACUGAGGGAAUUUACAAGGGCCAGACCUACACCAACCCAAAAACAGUGGUAAAAUCCCAAAACAUACGUCCCAGUGAGCAGGACAUGAAACUUCAGACAUCCAUGGAUAUCCUUCCAGUUUUGCUACAGACUGCCUGCUAUUAACAAAGACAUAAAACAUAAAACAAAGACUUUGUCAUGGCAUUUACAUGAAAUCAUGGAAUUUCUGUGCAGCCUAAAGUUUGGGCACAUCUUCUCUUUUAAGGUUUUUAUAUUGCUUUUUUUCAUACAGACUAUGAAGGAACACAUAAGGUAUCAUGAAGUAAACUGUAAAAAGUAAAAAGUGUUCUAGGGUGCUCUUAACGUGCAGUUUCUCUUCCUUUCCUAGGACAGUCCUGAUGAAGGCCAGUUUCAUCAUAACGUUUUUGGUGGUGUUUGCACUUUACAACUGCACUUCAGGAUAGUUUCACGGUUCUUAAAAUCUUUGGGAUUGACAGACCUACAUUUCUUUAAGUAUCGUUUCCCUAUACUUAGUUGAGUAGUUGUUGCUUCUCAUAAUAUAUGGAUUAGAGCAUUACCCAAAUAGAGCUAUUCACUCUACACCUGUAACUCUACGUCUUCACAACUCUGGUUUGUUUAAAACUUUUUUGUUCACUAAAAAUUCCAAACGUUUUUCCUUAUAGUUUGGAUGACUUGAGUUCAUUAUCUUUGAUCUUAUCUUUAAGAUGAUCAUGAUUAUCUUUUAAAUGAUCAUCAUUAUGUUUUAGAUGUUUUUUAGAGUGAGCAAUGAGAAUGAUGUCGGUCAAAGAGUUACACUCAAAAAUAAACUUUUAUUUGCACUCAUUCAUCAUUUGAGUAGCUUAUUAUUAAUGAAAUCUACUUCUACUGGUUUGCACUUGCUGUAUGUGCAGUUAGGAAAUACAUUUUGAACCCUGGAUUGUUUCAAAAUUGUAACAUUACCCGAAAAUAAAUGUUUUGUAUAAUUGCUUGAUUAUGCUCAAUGUAUUAAUGUACAAAAAGAA